GGCAACUCGGCACACGCUUAGUGUUUUGUGUAUUAUUGUGUUGUGCAGUUUGACAUUCAGGCACAGGUUGAGCACAGGUUUAUACAAUAGGUUAUUAAAUCAUUCCUUCCAGAUCAAUUCUUUAGUAAAUGAAUUAGAAUGGCUCAGGAGGAAAUCCAAGAAGAGGAACGAGAAGUGCUAUCAUCUAUCUACGAGGGAGACGAAUCUUUUAAGCAAAUUGACGACAAGACCUAUCAAUAUAAAGUAAGAUCUCGCAUGCAUAUUUGGCAUGCAGCUCUGCUGUUAAUUUGAAACUUUUGUUUGUAGACAAUAUUUACCCAAUAUUGGUCACAUAAAUGUCUUUGCUAUUGUGAUUACAGUAUGGAGAAAGUGAUACAGCAAAAUCCUUCCUUCUGGAGAUCAAAUGGAGUGAAAAAUACCCAAAUGAACUGCCUAAUAUUAAUAUGGAUACCUUUUAUAAUAAACAUGUUUUACCAUCUGUGAAAAAACAAGUAGUAGAUACUGUGAAAAGUGAAGCAGAACAAUAUCUAGGUAUGUCAAUGACAUACUCUUUAUUUGAAUUUGUCAAAGAAAAAUUUUAUGAAUUGAUACAGGAACAGCCUGAUGCUAUUGAAAAGAUAGAAGAUGACAAAAUACUUACCACCACCCACCAAGAAAAUGAGGAUGAUAGCUGUAAAAAAGAGAAAAAAGAACAACUGACAAAGGCACAAAAGAGAAGACAGUGGAACAGAACUGAUGGAAAAGGUGAAAAACCAAGAGGGUGGAACUGGGUAGACAUUGUAAAACACCUGUCACAAACUGGACCUGCCAAUGGGAAUCAAGAAAAUUGAAAAAGAUUCUAAAACAAUAGCUGAAUUGUUAUGACUUCAUGAUGCAUUACAUUGUAAAUUAUAUAAUAAGAUUCUGAAUAUAUGUAUUUUAUACAGUUCUAUAUUUACAGUACACAAACGACUUGUAUAUUUGUACAAUAAAAGUGCAUUAUGCAACAACUACUAUCUAAGAAUUUAUAUGAUGAAAAUGUAUAUAACAG